CAACAAUGGAAGACCUCUCGACUGCAUCCCCCAUCCUGGUGGCUUCGGCUACCGCAACAACGGGUACUGCUACCGUUAAGGCCUUGUCGGACAUGGGAGCGUCGGUGCGUGCAAUGGUCCGCAAGGUCGAUGAUCCGCGUGCCGUCGAGCUCGCUAAACUGCCCGGCGUGUCGCUGAUCGAAGCCGACUUUGACGAUCACGACAGCGUCAAGGCCAUGUUGAAAGGUAUCCAGCGUGCGUUACUCGUGACUGGUGCCUUUGCGUACGAGCAGUUCGAACGGGAGGCGUUCUUUAUUGAGGCUGCCCACGCCGAAGGCGUCGAAUGCGUGGUGCGGAUUUCCACGGGGAGCUUCCUGAUCAAACCCGGAACCAAAGGCGCCUACGGCCGCACUCACCAUGGACUCCAGGCAUUUUGUGACGUGGGUGGAUAUCCCGUCGUACAUCUUAAUCCCAAUUGGUUCUUUACCAACUGGAUGGGAUCUGCCGCCGAAGCCCGAACUACCGGGACCAUUACCCAGCCAGUCAAAGGCGACGGUCCUCCGAUGGCCAUGAUUGACCCCCGGGAUAUUGGCACCGCCGCAGCGACUAUUCUCACGCAAACAACGGAAGGUCUCCAGCCUUUUCUCACCAAGAAAUACAUUGAAAUCCACGGCCCAGCAAUGGUCAAUUUUGCCGACAAGGCCGCGGCUUUGAGCAAAGCUCUCGGUUACCCGAUUACGAUCAAUACGGUUCCCCGUGAAGGCUUUCUCCAGGCACUCAUGGGUAUGGGUCUCCCCCGUGUCUUUGCCAACAGUUUUUUGGAAACAAUCGAACAAGUGGAUGGUGUGGUGCCCCCUGGAUACGAAGGCUACGGACCGGACUUGGGUCGCGAUGCCUGGCCCGUCGAGUCCAGCCCCGAGCUCUUGGCCGUCUGGAAACCGCAGUACGAUGUCAACGCGUGGGCUGCUUCGGAUGCCGUGCAAGCCGCGUUCAAGCGCACCUAGGAGGAGCAGAAACGUAGAUAAAUUGACUUAAGGGCCAGUAUCCCC